AGAUGUUGUUUGUCAGUGUCUUCGUUGUGCUUUUUGUCGUCGGUCAGACAAAUGGUGACACUCAGCGCCUCACGUGCACAGACGUACGAAGCCAGUGCGAUAGAGACAUAGUGUGCAGACCUUCGUUCAUCGAGUAUGUGACCACGUGCUCGACGGUUAAUUCGCCGGCAAACACGUGCUCACAAGAAUGCAAAGACAGCUACAUCAAGCUGAUUUCGAACUCGGUGGGAAGUCUAUGGCACGACUGCGAUUGCGGAACAGGAGCUCUGGGAGACAUAUGCACGACCUUUGCGAACUCCGUUAUGACGAAAUGCUUUGGAGAUGUCAGACCGACCCCUCCGGCUUCCGCCGUCAAUCACACUAGACAGCUCAUUUGUUCCGACUUGAUGAAGUCGUGCUCGACUAGCUCCACGUGUCUACCUCGAUACCUCGCGUAUGUGAGCGGCUGUACGUCUUCCCUGGUGCAUUUCAAUUGUACACAACAGUGCAACGAGUCGUUCUACAAUCUACUUCGGAAUCCAAUCGGCAACAAGUUCUCAAGUUGCGAUUGUGGCGACGACAUAGUGUGUCAAUUAUUACUGAAGGAGGUGCUAUCAACCUGCUAUGGUGGCAACUCUCCCGUUCUGCCUCCAGUAACGGAUGUACCAACAGUGAAUCCGGUUGGUUUCUGCGAGAAAGUUUUUGAUAGCUGCUUUCUCGACAAGUUUGGUUCGUGUGGAAGCUACGUCGUCCUUGCACAGAGUCAAUGCGGUGAUGAUUUCCAAGACAAUCAAAACUCUCUUACUUGUCCUGCGUCUUGUGUAGCCAAACUAACAGCUGUAAUGUCUAUCAUUCCAUAUGCAAGUGAGGUACUGACGUGCAGUUGUUCAAAUUCCACCUCUAACAAGUGCAUUGCCAUUUCCGGAAUGCAAAAAAUGACUUUUUUGUGUGGAAUUGCAGUUCCUUCAGCUGCUACUAUGUCUGUAGGAUCUCAUCGCCCAACAGAUUCAUGUGAAGCUCUUAGCAUGAAAUGCUAUUUGCAGCUUGGUGCACAGUGUGAAAAUUCCCAGCAACAAGUGUUCCAAGGAAAUUGCAGUUACUUCUACUCAAAUAGUCAAGCUGCUGCUAACUUGUCACAGUCAUGUACUGAUGAGUGCCAGUCAAGUCUGCAAGAAUUGGUUGCGAAUCCAUCUGGGCACUUUAUUCCCACAUGCUCCUGUGAAGACAAUAACUCGGUUGUUUGCCAGAAUGUGAUGAGAUAUCGGGCAGUCUUCAACCAUUGUCGUGUGACUGGAGUGGCUCCUGCCACCCCCACUUCGACGGCUGGAGAUUGUAGAAGUGCAUUGGGUAAUCUACUACUCACAUUUAUGUUAGCUGCUAUUGGGUGUGUCUUGCUGAUGCUGUAAGCUGAAUAUGAAAGAGUUAUAAUUAGCCAUUGCUGUUGCCUUAGUGUUGUUCAUGCAUUCUUGCAUUUGUUUCUAAUAAUGCCGCUGCACCUGCUUUUGCUAAGUCUUGAAUUGAAUUAUAACGAAAUUGAUG